AGCAGUUGGCUCGGAUAGUCUGCUGAUUAGCAACAAACAGAAGGUUACGAGUUAGAAAAAUUGGAUUAUUUGCCCACCAGAGCGCCUUCGCGGCUACAGGAGCGAGCUUUACCAUGUCGGGGACCUAGCCGGAGCUUGUUAGUCGGCUUUUGAGGGCAAAAGGCGGAAAACGGUGUAAUUUCGGAGCCUUUCGCGGCGAGACGGAGCGAGAGAGAGAGAGAGGGAGGGGGGGUCCACCUCGCUUUUAGGUCGUUUCAAGUGGCGAUGCUUUAGCUGAUAGCUGCGUCAUCAUGUUGCUUCCGAGUCGAGUUGGCGAGAAGAUAUCACAAGUUAACGCCGGGAGGUGAGGCUGCCUGCCGUCAUCCAGCCCCAGAGGCCACUCCCGACCCUUGGAGUGCGUGGAAGACGGGCUGUCGGUGGGAGCCAGGCGGGGGAAGCCUGCUUAGUUUACGUCGUUGCGGGGACUUUGCAUCACUUGCCUCGGUGUAGUUGGCGCGAGACCACGACGUAACUGUUAUUUAUUGAAAUCCUCUCCGGGGACGCAAGUUUGUACGUUUUUUUCUUCUUCUUCUUCUUUUUUUUUCUUUUCGUUUUUAAUUCGUUUACAGGAAAAUAAGGGAGAGAAAGAAAGUGGAAGUGUAACUACUGACAGAAACGGUGUGUUGGCCACAAACUGUUUGGAUAGUGGGAAGUGAUGCUCCGGUUGACAGCUAGAGAGCCCGGGCAGGACCAUCCAGGGAGACAUCUUCGUUAUCUGAGCUGAAACACGCGUGGGUUUUUUUUAUUUAUUUAUUUAAGCAAAAAACGAUGAGAGACUGUUCUUUUAGCUGCCGCUGAUUGACUCCGGGUUUUAUUAGAUCAAGACGGAUUGAUCUGUUUGCUGUGUCAGGGGGGUCUCUGUCAUCACACCCACGCGGACUUUGUCUGGGGUCAGUCGGGGCGGUGGAGGAAAGUUUUGGGAUCACCGGACCUGAUAGAGCUGUGGAUCUAAAACGGAACAGGACUUUGUUUUAUUUAAGAAAAAAUAAAAUAAAAAAGAAGAAAAGAAAAACAACAAUGGACGGGGACUGGGCUCCUCGCGCGUCCAAGAACGGGAUGGAGGCGGCGGGACGCGGCGCCCCUAACUUCGAGGUGAUCGACGGGCUGCUGUACCGCAGGAAGUUUGAGAAGGGCUUCAUCAACUACCGGGAGGUGUUGAGCGAGGACCGGAGGCAGGAGGCCAUCUCCGCCUUCCACAGGCGGCGCCCCGGCCAGCGCCACCUCUCCCUGGAGGAGACCUACAAAUGCGUGGCGGAGAACUACUGGUGGGAGGGGAUGUACUUUCAGAUCAGAGACUUUGUCCUGCACUGUCCACAAUGUAAGAGUCUGCACAGUAAAACAUCAGCGGCGUUUGAUGGGAGGAGAUGUGUCUCUAAGACGGUGCCGUCGCACGGCGCCGACCUGCUGAGCAAGCUGAGGAGUCAGAGGGAGGCGGGGCAGUUCUGUGACAUCACCCUGCGAACGACCGGGGGAUCCUUCGCCGCCCACCGAGCCGUCCUGGCGGCCGUCAGCGAUCACUUCCAUGAAGUUCUGGCUGAGAUGGACUCGAGCAAGAAGGCAGACAUCGAUCUCUCUGGUUUCAGCGAGGGGAGUCUUCUGUCUCUGCUGGACUUCUCCUACUCGUCCACCCUGUGCGUCCAUCAGGAGGACCUGCCGGAAGUCUGCGCCAUGGCGCGGCACCUGGGCAUGUGGCCGGCGGUGGAGGCCUGCGCCGCCCUCCUCAAGGAGCAGGAGCAGCCGCUCCAUCCGCCUGGCAAGGCCUUCGCUCGGCGCCACCCGUUAAAGACGGAGGACACGAGCGACGGCUUUAGCCUAACUCUAGAGACGUCCGACGAGUCUCUGGCCGGCAGCCCUAAGCGCAGCUCGCGGCGAGCGCAGACGCCCCAAGCUCAGAACGGCCUCCCGCUGAGUCCCUCGCACAGAAUGAAGCUCAUGGACUUCAAGUCUCCCUCCAAGAAGGUCAGCUCCCCUCGCCACGUCAUGGUCGCCCCCCGCUCACAGAGCUACUCGCCCGCGUCGGCGCCCAGCACCCGACUCCUCCGCUCCUCGCCGGGAGCCGCCAAAGAGGUCCAGCGGUUCCUGUCGCGGCCAGAGACGCCUCAGAAGAGCCGCAGGGCUCACGCCGCCGCCCAGCUGCCGUGCGGCUCCAGGUCGCGGCAGGGGGCGGCCUGCAGCCCGGUGCGGGUCAAGCAGGAAGCGGAGGAGCUCGGCGUGGACGAGGAGGAUUACGCCAGAGCGCAGGAGAAGUACAAGCUGAUGAACGUGCUGGGGCUGCAGAGGACCGCCCUGCUGCCCAGGCCCGAAGAUCUGAUCGGCUGGAGGCAGAAGAAGCGCCUCCGGAAGUUGAAGGCCAACAACUACUCGCUGACCAAGCGGCGGAAACCGCGGUGCUCCUCCCCCGGGCCGCCCUACCCAGACAUGAAGCUGUCGCUCCCUCUCUGCGACCCCGUCAACACUCGGCUGCUCAAAAAGUCGGCCAAGUCCAAGGCGUUCGGGUCGGCCCUCGCCCAGCAGAUCCCCGCCAAGAGGCAGAAGCGGGUCCGGCGGCUGGUUCCCCCCACCGACCGCAGCAUGAGGAGCAAAGGGGCGUUACCCGACCUCUUCCCGCGCACCUCCAGGCCGGCGUUCGGAGGGAGGGAGCUCAGGCGGUCGGUGAGGAUGGGCGACGUUACCCAGCAGCCUCUGCGGUACAGCGGCAAGAAAACCUUCGCGAGGAACGGGAUUCAGAUCAAGGCGGAAGUGGCCGAGUUCGCCAUCUCAGGUCUGAGGCUGCUGCCGCGCGAACGGGGCGGCCGCUCGCCCCCGAGCCCCCUGCCCUCCCCCAGGACACAGAACAGGAAGAAGGUCCCCGCAGACGCCGUGAGGACGCUGCGGUACAACAGCAGCCGGCCCGGCGCCAAGGCCAAGCUCAGGCGCGCCUCCACCAAGGAGGCGGGCAAGUCCAGAGAGGAGGCCAAGGAGCCUGAACCCAACGGGCUUCCGGAGCAUUCAGCGCCGCCCUCCCUUUACAGCCACCCUCUCUACAAAGCUAUUAAAGAAGAACCAGCAGAACCAGUGCCGGUGGUCGGACCGUUCCCCGACCCUCCCUCCCCGGACCUGGGCAAGCGGCAGAGCAAGCCCCCCAUCAAGCUGCUGGACUCGGGCUUCCUGUUCAGCUUCUGCCGGCCGGCGGGGGCGUCCGUGGCCGGCCUGAAGAAGGAGGAGGAGAGCGUCGCCAUCUGCGUGACGCGCUCCGUGUCCCAGGUCCCGCCGGCGUUCGAGGCGGAGGGUUCCCCCCAGAGGACCCUGAGAGCCCGGGGCCCGCCCGGCCUGCGGGUGGUGAAGAGGGAGCAGCAGGAGGGGAGGGUGGCGCCGGGACCGGGUCAGAGGCACAGGAUGAAGGCCAGAGACACCAGAACACAUCUGGACACAUGUGCCGGCUCACAAACGUCGAGGAAGAUGCCAAAGAAACCAAAUAAGGUCCUGGCUCUGAGCAGCAGCGGCAGCAGGAGCUGCGGCGUGCUGGACGCCGCGCACCGAGCCCGCCUGCGGCAGCUCCGAGGCCCCCGGAGUCAAGCGCCCAAGGUCCCAAAGGCGUCCCACGCCUGCCUGCAGUGUCCAGCCGCCUACAAGGACUGCGACGCUCUGAUCAUGCACCAGCUGAGGCACAUCGAUGGAAAGCACUGGCCCUGUCCGCUCUGCAGCAAGACUUUCUUCAGACUGAGGAAUGUUCGGAAUCACAUCCGCACCCACGACCCCAAGUUGUACAAAUGCCGGAGCUGCAUCGCUGCCGGCUCGUGAGGCCGCCCGGAGACGGCCGCUUCAACCACUGGCACACUAAGGAUAAAAGCCAUCUGUGUCGCGCCGGCCGCGCUCAGGCUGAAGCCAGAGGCACACGAUGGACGCGAAGCUUGUACGUAGCGAGUCCAGUCAACACUCGAGCACAACGGUCCGCAGAAAGACGUCACUGCUGUUAUCAACGAUUACUAAGAUUUAUUUAAAUAACCAAACCAAGGUUGCCGUUCCUGUUCGCUUCUUUGGUAGCUGCAGAAACUUGAACAUUACUCUCAGGGGGCAGUGGGGUGGGGGUGUGAUGCCACGGUGUAAAGUGAUUCCACAUCACAGUUGUAUAAAAAGAAUAAUAAUAAUAAUUAAAAAAAGAAAUGUAAAGUGAUUGUUAUAACUAGUACCGCUACUUCUUGUUACCUUUAUUUUUCUAUGUAUAGAUGAAUGUUGGAGUGCACUUAUGUCCGAGCUUAUGUCGUGAAACCUAAGAGGGUGAUGAAACCGAAGGUUUGGAGUCUGAAGCGGGGAAUACUUGAAGUUUUUGAGAAGUGCUGGUGGGGGGGGGGGUGUACGGGUCCGCUCGAUCUUUGUCCUGUCGUGUGCUAACGUAUCAAUGACUUGAUUUCCUGGCAUCGAUCUGGUGCGGUGCGCGAAGACGCCGCUGCAUGUGUGUUUUCAGGCCGUUUUGUAGUCUUCUGUCUUUUCUAAGGCUGCAGGCUUUAAAAAGGGAAAAGUCUCCUUUUUUUUUUUUUUCUUUUUUUAAAUGUGAAUUUCUAACUUUAUUCAAGAUGACCUCGUCACAACAGAUGACAGAUAUUUUAUUAAUCGCCUCUUUGAAGCAAGACCCGGCCAUCUUGCUCUACUUAAAAAUUUUCCCCUCCUACUGAGUAAAUGCAAUGUGCACAUACAGAGAUGUUUUAUGUAUCGCAAAUUGAUUUUUAGAAACAAAUCAGCCUCCUGUUAUCUGUUGAAAGAUUAAAUAAAUUUUGCCUUUAAUAUUCUCA